AUGCCACUGGAUAAACAAACCAAAGCGAACUCGUCCAAACCAUUGACGCCCACCCUCAGCUCAAACUUUCGAAAUGUCAAGACUCCCCUGACACCGAGACUCCCGGGGUCGACUUCUUCCUCGCCUGCGUUGUCCUCCCGAAAAGAACCGUUUGUGAGAGCGAGAUCUCCAGGGAAGGUCGAUCAGACCGCGACACCCUUGAAUAACAACGUCACCCCCAGGUCGGGAGCGAGGAAGUCAAGAUUUGGCACAGAGUCACCGUCGACUCCUGUUCCAGUCAGAGAAAGCAAUAAUGGCUUUCAAGGGACGCCAUCCCAAAGACCCGAGGCUCCCAGGGCCCUCCGAAGUCACACGCAAGGGCUCGGAAUCAGCAGCCCUCGAUUGACAGCAAGCACACCAUCGCUACCGAAAGUAGGGCCUCCUGUCGUCACCGUCCAUAGGAGAGUGUCCGGAGCGAAGAGUAUGGUAGACAACAACAAAGACAAUUCUUCCAAAUUCUUUCAUGCAGAUGAGGCAAAGUCCGCGGUAGGAUCUUCAAGAUUUGAUGAAGGCUCCCGCUUUUCACCUGCACGAGCCCAGUUUUUUGUUGGCUCGUCAGCGUAUCCAAGCAAUAUGCCUUCGCAGGUGCCGCAAGAGAGCCCUAAGAAUGAUCUGGACGAGAAGUUCUUCAGAGCCAACGACGUGCAUCAACUCCCAGCUGCCAAACCGCCUACUCCAGUGCUUGCAGCUACAGUACAAGGAUUGGAUACGAGGCAUGCUGCGAACGCUAUAAGCCCUCCCCAAUCUCCGAAACGAUCAUACAAAAUGUCACAGCCCUCCUCACCACGAAAGAUCCAGCUAGGGCCAACACCUUCGCCACCAGGCCCCCUUCAUACACCGAUCGAAAGACCCAACAGCACUGCUGGCGGUGCUGUGGCAAACACGAUUGAUUCACCGUUAGUUCAUCGCAAAUCCAUCAGUGCGAGUUCUGCAACUAUGACAAUUGAGAACAGAACUGAAGGUAUUCGGACGCAACCACCCCAGCCUUUGGACUUGGGGAUCAUGCCCGGCCUUUCUCCACGGAUAUCUGGCAACAAUACACUUUCACCGGAAGCUCUGAGCCCGCGAUCAUUCAGUCUUGCUUCUUCUAACACGAUCCCAACCUCCGUCACGAGCGAUACUGACGGCUCAGAGGUGGUAAAGCCAACAUCCAGACCUGUCAGCACCGGGGACAUGGCAAUUGACCAGGUCACAUCACCAGUGCAGCCUCAGCAUGAUGCGGCGUCGAAUGCACGACGCGAACGGAAGGUUUUGGAUCUUGAAAUAUCCAAUUCUUCACUCCUGGCCAUCAACAAGACGUUGGAACGUGAGCUACGAAAACAGAAUGGUGAACUGAGGAGGUAUCGCCGUCUCUCCCGCUCCGGCCGGUUAUCCCUUGCCACUGUGAGGACAGCAUCCGGACAAUCUGCUUUCAGUUUAGAUACUGUCGCGGAGGAUGGUGUUGAAGCCGAGCAAAUGUCUGAACUCGAAGACGAGAGCGACUUUGACGACAUGGAUGAUGAAGACGAUUCGUUGAUCUCAGACGGAUCGGGUUCCCUGACGAAUGCGUCGGCAAGAUCGCGGCAGCGAGCAAAAGACGAAAAACGGCUGAUGCAAGAUCUCAGUCGACAUCAACAGCUUCUGGCCGAGUCGCAGCAAUUGAGCUCCACCAUAAAGCGGUGCACGACAAUGACGGAGGAGCUGAUUCGAGCAGGAAACAAAGCCCUGGACUAUCGGGUUGGAAUAGGCGAUGUCAAGCUCGGAGGCCGGGUGCUGAACGACGAAGAGCUCGACGAGAGAGGAUUUGCCACUGGCUCAGAAGAGCCAGAGGCCAGACAAGGGCUGUUGAGUCCCGGUCUUGCAAAAGCGAAAUUGGAGGAGACGCCGUUCCGGACCGACGAGGCUCUUCCAACCCUGGGUACCGCACAGUCCGGCAUUGCAUCGCUUGAGGAGGUUACGGCGCUUCUGGAGUCCUUUUCACCCGUGUUGAGAGGCGAGUGA